GGAAACAAACAACCAAACAACUCUAUUUUCUUUGGAAUUUCCUCUUCCAAUUUCUAAAACAGCACCUCCUCCAUUGCUGCACAAACCACCUCUUGCAUUGUUGCAAUGUCUACACCAUCAGAAUAUUAUCGAUCGCUGCCACCAGUGAGCAAGACCUAUGGAGUGGCCUGUUUGACGGCCACAGCUGCAUUUUAUCUGCAAGUCUAUGAUCCUUGGACUAGUAUUGCACUAGAUUAUGGCCAUGUCUUCAAACGUCUUCAGGUUUGGAGACUUAUUACCAAUUUCUUCUUUCUGGGUACAUUUUCAUUCCGAUUUGCUCUUCGUCUUAUAAUAAUAGCAAAAUAUGGGGUUUCACUGGAAAAAGGAACUUUCGACAAGAGAACAGCAGACUAUCUAUGGAUGUUGAUAUUUGGAGCUCUGUCACUUUUGGUGAUGGCUGUGGUUCCAGCUUUCUCAACUCCAUUUAUGGGACCUUCCUUGGUUUUCAUGCUUGUCUACAUAUGGGGCCGUGAAUAUCCAAACGCACGAAUAAACGUGUACGGGGUCGUUACAUUGAAGGGGUUCUAUCUUCCAUGGGCAAUGCUAGCACUUGAUUUAAUUUUUGGAGCUCCUUUAAUGCCAGACAUUUUAGGAAUGGUUGCAGGUCAUCUAUACUACUUUCUCACUGUGCUUCAUCCUCUUGCUGGUGGCAAAUACAUUUUCAAGACUCCUCUAUGGGUUCACAAAUUUGUAGCAUACUGGGAAGGAACCCAAAUAAAUGCCCCAGUGCAGCGUGACCCUUAUGCUGGAGUUGCUUUCCGAGGAAGAAGUUACCGGCUAAAUGGAAAUCAAACUAGAACUCCAGAGCAGGCACAAACAAGAAGAGAAACAGAAACAGAAACACAGCAGCCUAAUAGUCCGGAAGGUGAAAUUGCUUUCCGAGGAAGAAGCUACUGUCUUGGUGAUGCACAUUAGCUGGUCAUAUUUUUAUAAUCCUAAUAUGUUUAUGUAAUUAUAUGCUUAGGUUGCGGCACAAAUGCUUACAUGCUAGCAUUUUUAUUCAUACGGUUUGAAUUCCCACCUAAGUUGAGUGUGUCUGUAUGCCAUAAACUUUCUCAGACAAGCCUAUGUCUAUUAAAGUCUAGCCAUUUACACAUCUUCGAUAUGAAACUCGUAAGUGGGGUUGGUUGAAUAGUAAUUGAUCAUAGACGAUCAGGAUUUGUAGAAAAUUAAAAAAAAAAAAAAGUUUAAAGAGUACAAUAUCAGAUGUUGCAAACUCUCCGUGUCUCACAAAA